AUGGUUCGGCUCCAGAUCUCUCCAGAAAGCACAGUCAACGACCUGCGGCAGUUGGCUCAGGAGCGGCUGGGCGUAGGGAUCGGCCGGCUGUGUACGGAGAAAGGAGACCUCCCGGCCACCGGCACGGCCGUCCUCUGCGCAGAGCAGGUCGUGACGUGCACCGUCCGGCGGCUGCAGAUCGUCUCCUCUUGGGAGUCUUUGGUGAGCCUGCGCUCCUGGCCCUUCUUCCAGGAUGUCUCGAGCCCGGAAGCCUUUGCAGCCGUCCUGCCGACGGGCGGGGUGGUCACCUGGGGCUUCGGCCUGGCUGGAGGCGACAGCGCAGAGGUUCAGGGAAGGCUGUCGGAUGUCCAGGACGUGCAAGCCUCAGCUGGUGCCUUCGCGGCUCUUCGCUUCGACGGGCGUGUGGUGACCUGGGGGGAUGCCGCGUAUGGAGGCGACAGCGGUGGUGUCCAAGAGCAUCUGUACGGCGUGCAAGAGCUUCGAGGGUCCUCGAGCGCCUUCGCGGCCCUCCGUGCAGAUGGCCGCGUGGUAACCUGGGGCUCUAAAGCGGCCGGAGGCGACAGCAGCUCCGUGCAGGACCAGCUGCAGGGCGUGGUGGCCCUCCGUGCCGCCUUCCUGGCCUUCGCUGCCGUUCGCAAGGAUGGGAAGGUGGUUACCUGGGGUGAGGAUGGGAACAGCCGCAUGGUUCAGCACCAGCUGCAGCAGGUGCUGGAGGUUCGCAUGUCAUCCAGGGCUUUUGCAGCCAUCACGGCCGAUGGAGGCGUGGUCACAUGGGGCUCUGCCUGCCACGGUGGCAACAGCGGCCCGGUCCAAGAUCAGCUCAAGGAUGUACAGGACAUCCGAGCCUCAGCGACGGCCUUUGCUGCCCUCCGACGGGAUGGGACAGUGGUUACCUGGGGCUUCGAGAGCGGUGGCGGGGACAGCAGUGCUGUUGGCUCGAGCCUGUCUGGAGUGGUGGCCUUGCAAGCCAGCUACGGUGCCUUUGCAGCCCUGAGGAGUGAUGGGACAGUGGUGACCUGGGGACACCCGCUCUAUGGUGGGGACAGCGGCACAGUGUCUGAUCAGCUGAUCGACGUCGCGGAGCUGCGAGCUUCGAGUCGUGCAUUUGCAGCGCUCCGCAGAGAUGGGUCCGUGGUCACUUGGGGCUUGCCAAGAUGUGGGGGCGACAGUAGUAGCGUCCAGCAGCAACUGACGCACGUGGAGGAUGUGAAGCCCUCGGCCUGUGCCUUUGCCGCCCUCCGCCGAGACGGUCGUGUGGUCACCUGGGGCUGCGGCCCUGCGGGCGGGGACAGCAGCCAGGUUCAGGACCAGCUCAGGCAGGUCAACGAGAUCUGGGCAUCUUCGCGUGCCUUCGCGGCGGUCCGCGCGGAUGGCUGCAUCGUCACGUGGGGUGAUGCGCUGCACGGGGGUGACAGCAGCGACGUCGCGGAGCAGCUGCGCCACGCCAGGUAG